GGUCUGCGCCCCCAGGGUGCUCUCUGCACCCAAGUUGCCCAGAGAGUUCCUUGUAGGUUUGAGUCAAGAUCUCAGUCAUCCUGAUAAUUCCAAGUUGGAUUCUAAACGCUGCAAGAAAAAGAAUUUUCAGGAAAAAGUGCUAUAUCCAACAGUCUACAUAUGGCAAAAGUGAGGUCAAUGUUCCGGGAAGUUCUUCUAAAACAAGGGCAGUUGUCUGUGGAAGAUGUAACCACAAUGGUGAUGUGUAAACCCAAACUUUUACCCUUAAAAUCUUUGACUCUGGCAAAACUGGAGAACAUGCAGCAAGCAGCACAAGACACAGUUCGCCAACAGGAAAUGGCAGAAAAAGAAAAUGGCAAAUAACUCACUGACACCUUAGGAAACACCUAC